AUGUCAUUUUCAUUUGGAUUCACCAACGAAGACUUCAGUGACGACGAGUUGGAAGGCCAAUCUGUUGUGGCCCAGACGCAACCGCAAGAACACCGCGAUCCCUUGGACCAAAUCAAGCUCGACGCAAACACCCAGCCCAAAUUACAUGAAUUGAGUUCGUUACUAGGGACGUUGACCAAUGUUCGACUCACGUUCGACAACUAUACCACCGGCAAGGGCAACAUCAUCUAUCGUCGAGAAUUGUUUGAUAUCAAGCACCAGGUCAUGAUGGAGGAGGACGAAAACAACAACGAGAUGAUUAACGAUAUCUUAGUAGGAGAAAACAAAGACGACUUGAAAAAAGACGUUUACGAAGGGGGAUUCAAAAGCUGGGAAUGCUCCUACGAUAGCGUGGACCACAUUUCCGAAAUGAUUAAACUCGGCAAACUCAACCAGUACAAACAUAUCUUAGAAUUAGGAUGUGGAACCGCAUUACCUACAUGUUUCCUCUUACUAAAUUACUUCAAUGGCAACAUUAAGUCCGCUGCAACCCAAAUAACAUUGAGUGAUUUCAAUUAUGAAGUCUUGAGAUUAGUCACCCUACCUAAUAUCUUAAUCCAUUGGGCAUCGACUUUGGACCCGCAAGUCCUAUACGAACUAAGCAACGCCAAUGGCUCUGCCUUAAACAACGAUGAGCUUCUCAUCACCCCACAACUCAUCACCCACUUCGAAUCCUCUUUGCACAACCUAAACAUCAACCUCCAAUUCAUCUCCGGGGCCUGGAGUAACCCUUUCAUCGACCUCUUACCCAAUCACCCGAUCGAUUUCCUCAUCACCUCCGAAACAAUCUACUCGCCAGAAUCCUUACCCGUCCUAGCAGAAACCAUCCUUGCCGUGCUCUCGCCCGUCAAGUCGUCUGCUCUAGUGGCUGCUAAAAACAUCUACUUUGGCGUUGGUGGUUCGGUCAUCGAGUUCGUCGCCUACUUG